AUGUGGCGGGCGGGGGCGGCGGGCGCCGUGCGCGCCGCGGGACGGGCGGCGGCGGCGGCGGCGGCGGCCGGGGCGCGGCAGCGCGGCGGCACCGGGGACGCCCCGAAGGCGGGCACAGCCGCCGCCGGCAGUGGCUGCACGCAAUUACAAUAUUAUUCAGAUGUGAAGAGCAGGACUGCUUGGUUCAUGAAUUUGAGAAAUGCAGGAACUCUGAGUGACACAAGCUCUUUAGAUGAGACAACCUAUGAGAAACUGGCUGAAGAAACACUGGACUCCUUAGCAGAUUUCUUUGAGGACCUGGCAGAUAAACCUUUUACCCCAGAAGAUUAUGAUGUCUCUCUAGGGAGUGGAGUACUAACAAUUAAAUUGGGUGGAGACAUGGGAACAUACGUAAUCAAUAAGCAAACACCAAACCGGCAGAUUUGGCUGUCCUCACCCACUAGUGGGCCCAAGCGCUAUGACUGGACUGGACGGAAUUGGGUGUAUUCUCAUGACAGAGUAUCUCUUCAUGAACUACUAUCAAAAGAGUUUUCAACAGCUUUAAAAACUAAAUUGGAUUUGUCCUGCUUAAUAUAUUCUGGGAAAGAAGAUACUUGAUUGUAUUCUACCUCAUGGAAGUUUAAAGACUUUAACCUCAAGCCAAGGUCUUUCUUAGGCUGAAGUACCUGAGCUUAAUUCUGUUGUUUUUCUUGGCAUCAAUAUAUUGUGCAACAAAAAUGAAAAUAACAUUUUUUUUCCUCUA